GGGGGGGGGGGGGGGGGGGGGGGGGGGGGGGGGGGGGGGGGGCGGGGGGGGGGGUGUGAAACGUUGCGGGACAAAGGGAGUCCCACACCCACACCCACAUCCACACUCAUCCACACCCACAUCCACACCCAUCCACACCCACAACUACACCCCACCCACACGCACACCCACACCCCAUCACUAUCAUCAUCAACAGUAUCAACAUCAUCCUCAUCAACAUCCUCAUCAAAAGUGAAUAAACGAUAUUCGUCAAAGUUUAAAAAAGAAUGGUUAUCAGAUCCUAAGUUUUCUAUCUUUUUACGCGAAUGUAAAAAUGAUCCAUCUAAAGGUUUAUGCAUCGUUUGUAAUAUUCAAUUCUCCAUCCGAAAUAGUGGAAUUGGUGAUAUUAAUCACCAUAUUCAAACAAGAAAACACCGAGAAUGUAUACAAUCAGCUGAAGCUAAUUGAUGUAAGAUUUAUCAGUAAUGGUCUACUAAUAAAACCACUUUUUUAAUAAUUUCUUUAGCAAAAACUGUUGAUGUACUAUUUCAUAUCCCAACAUCUGAGCUUAAUAAAUUAUGUGCUGCAGAAGGUACUAUGGUUUUCCAUGCUGUUAAACACUCCCACAGCUACGUUUCGCAAGCUUGUACAAUUAAUUUAACUAAAAAAUGUUUUCCUGAUUCUUCUAUAGCAAAACAUAUUACUUGUGGUCCUACUAAAGCUCGUGAAAUAUCAUGCAAUGUACUUGCAUGCUCACUUACACAUUCUAUUGUACUUGAAUUACGUGAUGUAGCAUUUUUUUCAAUUUGUUAUGAUGCUUUCAACAAAGGAAAUGCUAAGAUGCUUCCAAUUGUAGCUCAAUUUUUCUCGAAAUUUGGCGUUAAACAUGGAAUUAUUGAAUUUAUUGAACAACAAGAUGAAUUAGCUGAUGCAUUAUUUGCUAACAUUAAGUACGUCAUAGAAGCAAAUGAACUAAAAUUAAAUCAAAUUGCUUCACUUGGAUCGGACAGCACCAACGUGAAUGUUGGUAAUAAUCAUAGUGUAUUUUCUUUGUUCUCUCACAGUUGA